GUUGCGUCAUCACUUGUAACCACGCCCCCAAUCUCAACCCCGGAAGAGAAUUCAAAACAAUUUGUGAUCACAUGGAGUAUCACGGUGUGGGAGAUUAGCUAGUUAGUAGGUUAAUUUAACGCUUUAUGGACACAACAGAAAAGAUAAAAACUUGGGGGUUCGUUGUUUUGAGGCAGGCAGCAUGUUGUCAGUGAGCCUCACCCGGAUUACAACAGUGCUGCUCAGUAAAGGAGGCUGGUUCCAGCUUCUGAAGCUCCUGCACUCUCCCGACUGAUGGGUGUGGACAAAGACGUUUCCAAUCCGUCUGACUGUGUGUCUGCAGGAGAACCAAACCUUCUCCGACUGCAGCCGAGACUUGAAGACAAUCAGCAUGGACCCGUCCGACCAGAAGCACUUCACUGUCGUAGACUAUGUGAUAUUUGCGAUCUUGCUCGCCGCCUCCAUGGGCAUCGGGCUGUACCACGCUCUUUCAGGCGGCCGUCAGCGCACCACACAGGAGUUCCUGUUGGCAGACAGGAGCAUGAGCUGCCUUCCUGUUUCGCUGUCGCUCAUCGCCUCAUUCCAGUCCGCCGUGGCGAUUAUAGGCGUACCGGCGGAAAUCUACACCCAUGGUACUCAGUACUGGUUCAUCGGCUGUGCCUACAUCCUCGGCCUCCUCAUUCCCGCUCAUGUUUUCAUUCCUGUGUUGUACAGACUGCGGCUCUCCAGCGCUUAUCAGUAUCUUGAACUACGCUUCAGCAAAGCAGUGCGUAUCUGUGGAACUUUGGUCUUCAUCUUUCAGACCGUUAUCUAUAUGGGGGUUUGUGUGUAUACUCCCGCCUUUGCACUAAAUGCAGUUACUGGAUUUGAAUUAUGGGGAGCAGUGCUGGCCACUGGACUCGUGUGCACAUUGUACACAACAAUAGGUGGUUUGAAGGCUGUCAUCUGGACAGACGUCUUUCAGACUGUUGUGAUGUUUGCAGGGCAGCUGGCUGUCAUCGUGGUGGGAGUGCAGCAGACUGGAGGGGUGUCUGAAGUCUGGAGGAAAGUCUGGGAAGGAAACCGCAUCUCUGCUCUCGACCUAAACCCAGAUCCUACAGAGAGACACACCUUCUGGACUCUGGGGGUCGGCGGGAUAUUCCUCAUGCUGUCCCUGUACGGAGUGAACCAGGCUCAGGUCCAAAGAUAUCUCAGCGCACGAUCAGAGAAAGAGGCUGUCAGGUCUGUCUACAUGGUGUUCCCCUCCCUGCAGCUGGCUCUGGCUCUGAGCUGUUUGAUGGGAUUGGUCAUGUUUGCACGUUACUGUGGAGAAGAUCACUCCGCCAAGCUGGACUCCUCCUCAAGAGAUGCUAUAGUGAUGUACUUUGUGAUGGACAUGCUGCAAGGCCUGCCCGGACUACCUGGACUGUUUGUCGCAUGUUUGUUCAGUGCAGCUCUCAGCACCAUCUCUUCUGCUUUUAACUCUUUGGCCACUGUGACAAUGGAAGACCUCAUCAAACCACAUUUCCCAGCCAUGACAGAAAAGAGAGCAACCCUGCUGUCCAAAGUUUUAGCUCUGUCCUACGGGCUGCUGUGUGUGGCCAUGGCUUAUGUCACUCACCUAAUGGGGGACUCGGUCCUACAGGUGGCUUUGAAAAUCUUCGGGAUGGUUGGCGGUCCUGUUCUUGGUCUGUUUUGUCUCGGGAUGUUCUUCCCCUGGGCCAACUCCACUGGGGCGGUGGCGGGUCUGGGAGCCGGUCUGGCUAUGGCUUUCUGGAUCGGCAUCGGCAGCAUCGUGACCGGUAGCUCUGGCAAGAGGCCGUUGCCGCCCAGCUGCAGAGCCGUCCUGCUGUCGGACAACACGACUGCUGCCAUCCACACCGCACUCGCCAACGCCACUCUGAGCCAACCCUCCGGACUGAAGAGAUUCUAUUCGUUGUCCUACAUGUGGUAUAGCGCAUUCAACUGCUUCACGGUUAUUCUAAUAGGCCUGAUCAUCAGCUUCCUCACAGGCCCCAUGAAUGAAGGAGAUGUGACACCAGGGACAAUCUAUCCCUUGUUGGGGAAACUGCUUUGUUUUCUGCCUGAACGCCUCAAAAAGAAGCUCUGCUGCGUGACGCCUCUGGGACAGUCGCUCUCAGCACAACAGAGGCCUCCACAACACAAACCAAUCAACGGAGUGAGUGUCCCAUCAGAGGACGGACUAUCACAGGAAGAGACGGACAGAUUUCUCCCUGAGGCUCAGACAUCUCUCGUGGAGCGUGAAACAACUGUGUGAUAUCACAGUUUUUGGUUGAAAGACGGUUUAAAAUAACUUUUAUUUGUUGCCUUUGCUUUGUGAUGAAGGACGUCAUUUAAAUUUGCACUGUCAAAUGCUGCAAUGAGGUCAAAGUUCAUCAAUGUUAAGUCAAGGUUUUCUUUAUCAUAGAAGUUUGACUUUCGUGCAGUAUUUGUCAACUUCAGGUGUACGAUUAUUGAUUCAAAUUCAGUCGGUUCCUUGUGUCUGUACAAAGAAAGCACUAUACGGUUUUAUGAUAAUUAUUUGCAGCAAGUAUAAAGUUUUUGUACUGGAAUAAUGCUCUACUUGAUUUUUGUUUAGCACUGUUGUACGAAUGGUCCUGUGUGAGAUGAUGAUGCCUCACUUUUUAAGAAUGUAACUUUAUCUGUAACAGCCAAAACACUGAAAAAAACUUUUUCUAAAAAGGAAUAAAUAUUUUGUAGAUAUCC